AUGACAAAUCCGGGCGCCCUCUCCGUCGCCCUGGCAACGAGACGCACAGGCUGGCCCGCGGCGCGCUGGCGGUUUGGAUCGGGCCCUAGAGAACAGUGUCAUGUCACGACCGAAGGAUAUAGCCCCUUUGGCCUCAGUUCUGAGGCAUCUGAGGCAUGCUGGGAACUAUGUAAGGACCAAGUAGAGAAUCAAAACUAUAAGAGCCAUGGAGUGUCCAAAGGAAAAGAACGAGAGCAGAGAACAUUAGUCCGGUUCAAGACAACGCUUAUGAACACACUCAUGGAUGUUCUACGCCGCAGGCCAGGAUGGGUGGAAGUGAAAGACGAGGGGGAGUGGGAUUUCUACUGGUGUGACGUCAGCUGGCUCCGGGAGAACUUCGACCACAUCUACAUGGACGAGCACGUGCGGAUCAGCCACUUCCGGAACCACUACGAGCUCACCCGCAAGAACUACAUGGUGAAGAACCUGAAGCGGUUCCGGAAGCAGCUGGAGCGCGAGGCCGGGAAGCUGGAGGCCGCCAAGUGCGACUUCUUCCCCAAAACCUUCGAGAUGCCUUGCGAGUACCACCUGUUCGUGGAGGAGUUCCGUAAGAACCCCGGGAUCACCUGGAUCAUGAAGCCUGUAGCCCGUUCUCAGGGGAAGGGCAUCUUUCUCUUCCGGAGGCUGAAGGACAUCAUGGACUGGAGGAAGGGCACUGUGGGAAAGAAGCUCACCAGCCUGGAGGCCCCGGCCCCCCGCAGCAGCACCAGCAAUCCCGCAGGCAGCCAUGACACACGCAGUUCCGAUGACCAGAAAGAUGAGAUUCCUGUGGAGAACUACGUAGCUCAGCGUUACAUUGAAAAUCCGUACCUGAUAGGUGGCCGCAAGUUUGACCUGCGUGUCUAUGUGCUGGUGAUGUCGUACAUUCCACUGCGGGCCUGGCUCUACCGAGAUGGCUUCGCCCGUUUCUCCAACACGCGCUUCACUCUGAACAGCCUGGAUGACCAGUAUGUGCACCUCACCAACGUUGCAGUACAAAAGACGUCUCCUGACUACCACCCAAAGAAGGGCUGUAAGUGGAUGCUCCAGCGCUUUCGGCAGUACCUGGCCUCCAAGCACGGCCCCCAGGUGGUGGAGGUGCUCUUCAGUGACAUGGACAACAUCUUUGUCAAGAGCCUGCAGAGUGUGCAGAAAGUGAUCAUCAGCGACAAGCACUGCUUCGAGCUCUAUGGCUACGACAUCCUCAUCGACCAGGACCUCAAGCCGUGGCUCCUGGAGGUCAACGCAUCGCCGUCACUCACUGCCAGCAGCCAGGAAGACUACGAGCUGAAGACCUGCCUGCUGGAGGACACUCUGAACGUGGUGGACAUGGAAGCCAGGCUCACAGGAAGGGAAAAGCGAGUCGGGGGCUUUGACCUCAUGUGGAAUGAUGGCCCUGUCAGCAGAGAGGAGGGGACGCCAGACCUGUCAGGGAUAGGAACCUUUGUGACCAACACACAUCUGGGCUGCAUCAACGACCGGAAAAAACAGUUGAGGCAGCUGUUCCACUCCCUUCAAGUGCAGAAGAAAACCCCCAGCUGACCCAGCUGAGGUGGGAGGAGGCCCUGGUAGGUGCGGCGAGGCCUUUCCCGGUUCCCUGCAGUACAGCGCACCUCGCAGUG